AGCUUCCCAAGUUAUCAUUGGUGAGAGGAGAGAAUCCCAUGAACAGAGGCCUGCCGACAAUUCCCGGCCUAUGCGAUCGGCGGUCAUGUCCUUGGCGUGGAAAACAUUCAACUUCUUUGAAGUUUCUCAAAUUCAGCUUCCCACGGAGGGAGAAGGCGCUCCAUCCCUGGAUAACAAUGAGCUGAGCUGCAUCUGUACGGGCUCCGAAGCCAUCUUCUUGGGCGGCGCCGAUGGCGUUGUGCGAAUCCUGUCCUCGUCGUUUCGCAUAGUGCGCUCAUUCAGGGCAUAUGACACCGGAUCCAUUACGCACAUGAAGCAAAUUGAUGGCACCUCGCUUCUGCUAACUGUCGCGGAGGAUUUGUCCAAUGAGCCAGAAUUGAAGGUAUGGGCCUUAGACAAGACCGAGAAGAAGACGGGACACCCCAAAUGCCAGAGUACGGUCUCGAUUCAGAAUGGGCGCAGACAAUUUCCUAUUUCCGCCCUGGCUACCUUGGAUGAUCUCUCUCAAGUCGCUGUCGGAUUUGCAAACGGAUCGGUAACUGUCAUACGCGGCGACUUGAUCCAUGAUCGGGGAACAAAGCAGCGGACAGUUUUCGAAUCAGAAGAGCCCAUCACGGGAGUCGAUUUUCGCGAGGGCUCCAUUACUACUCUCUACAUCGCCACCACGGCGCGGAUCUUGACCUUGGUCAUUUCCGGAAGAGGCCAGGGCCAACCCGCGCGGGUCCUCGAAGAACGUGGGUGUGGUGUCGGCUGCAUGACCGUGGACAAAUCAAGCGGAGAGAUCGUGGUUGCUCGCGAGGAUGCCAUCUACCACUAUGGUGUUCAUGGAAGGCUGCACUGCCUUCCGUACGACGGACCAAAGAAGCUUGUAAGCAUUUACAAGGACUAUAUCGGGCUAGUGUCUCCGCCUCGAACCAGCUCCUCGCCGAAUUCGAGUACAGCAAGGAGGUUUGGAGGAAGCAAGGCCGAUGAAUUAUUCAAUACAUCGAGUUUCGUUUUACUUGAUACUGCUCUGCGAUUCGUGACCCAUUCGGAAUCCUUGGUCUCACAAGUGAAGGCGAUUUUUGCCGAAUGGGGAGAUCUCUUUUUGCUUACGAUGGAAGGGAAGCUUUAUCGAUAUCAUGAGAAAUCAUUCAAGCAGAAACUAGAGAUCCUCUAUGGCCGAAACAUGUAUACCCAAGCUAUUAGCUUAGCACAAAAGGCUCGUGUCGAUAUUUCCCAGCAAAAUGUCAUCUUUCGCCGCUACGGCGACUAUCUCUACCAAAAGGGCGAGUAUGACGCUGCCAUGCAGCAAUACCUCAAAGCGAUCGACAAUACCGAGCCGUCCCAGGUGAUCCGCAAGUUUUUGGAUACACAAAAAAUGCAUAAUUUAAUUGAAUACCUUGAAGAGCUCCACGAACACCAUCGAGCCACUGCCGAUCAUACCACACUCUUGCUCAAUUGCUAUGCUAAGCUCAAAGAUGUUACCAAACUGGAAAAGUUCAUCAAAUCCCCCGGUGAUCUCAAAUUCGAUCUCGAUACGGCAAUUGUCAUGUGCCGCCAGGGAGGAUACUUUGAACAGGCGGCUUAUCUGGCGACAAAGCACGGAGAGCACGAGUUGGUGGUAGAUAUUUUGAUUGAAGACUCCAAAAAGUAUGCUGAAGCGCUAGAGUACAUCUGGCGGCUAGAGCCUGACCAGAUGUAUCCUAAUCUGAUGAAAUAUGCACGGGUAUUACUGGGGCAUUGCCCCAGGGAUACUACUCAGCUAUUCAUCGACUACUACACGGGCAAAUUUCGACCGAAAAGAGAUCUAAUACUACCUGAUCAACCAGCAGCACAGAGCGGUGUGUCCAGCGCUGUACAAAGCCUAGCCGCAUUCCUUCCACUUCCAUACAUGACAACUUUCGCCUCAUCAGCCCCAGGGACUCCGGGCCAACAACCCCAAGGUCUGCAAGGUCCAGAAGUGGAUAUAGUCCCUGAAUAUGAGCCUGCGAAACCUAGGUCUGCAUUCUCUUGCUUCGUCGACCAUCCCGAUGAGUUUAUUGUCUUUAUGGAAGCUUGCCUUCGCGAUCAGACCUUUAGUGAGGAGGACAAGAUUGAUCUCUACACGACGCUUUUUGAAAUGUACCUGCAUUCAGCAAAAGGCAAACGGGAAGGCGAAAAGUCGGAGUGGCAAGCAAAAGCGAAACGGUUGAUUGAUGGAGAGGAUAUACCUAUUGAUCCUUCCAACGUGCUGCUGCUCUCCUAUCUCUCGAGUUUCCGAGAUGGAAGUAUCCUUGUCCGCGAGCAACAAGGCUUGUACUUUGAUAUCUUUAGAUCGUACACAUCCGCGAAUGAUACGGAGGGCGCUAUUCGUGCCCUGAAAAAGUAUGGGCCCGAGGAACCCCAACUAUAUCCUGCCGCGCUUGCAUACUUUACGUCAAACCCUCGUAUUCUGGCUGAAGCCGGUGACGAACUUGAAGCUGUACUGAAGAAAAUUGAUGAGGAUGGCCUCAUGGCACCUCUGCAAGUAAUUCAGACGUUAAGCGUCAAUGCCGUUGCCACAAUGGGUCUCGUGAAGAAGUAUCUUCGCGCAACGAUUGAAAGCGAGCGGAAAGAGAUAAAUAAUAAUCGUCGUCUCAUUGAAAGCUACCGAAGUGAGACAGAAGCCAAAAGGAAGGAAAUUGACGAGCUCGGCACCAAGCCUGCAGUCUUCCAAUCUUCUCGUUGUGCGGAAUGCGGCGGCACUCUUGAUUUGCCCAAAGUGCACUUUAUGUGCAAGCACUCCUUUCACCAGCGCUGUCUCAACCAGAUGGAUGACGAGGUAGAGUGCCCCGUUUGCGCCCCUCAGAAUGCCACAAUCCGCGCGAUACGGCGUGCCCAGGACGAGUCUGCCGAUAAGCACGAGAUGUUUCGCGAUGCGUUGCAGCGAAGUAGCGACAAGUUUGGCACAAUUAGCGAGUUUUUUGGCCGGGGUGUCAUGUCUGUGCCUACGCUGGAGUGAUCCUCGACUAUUCUCCAUGGGCCUGCCACCUUACAUUUCCUUGUCAAGAUAAUUUUUGAAUAAGGUAUCUGACUGAUGGACUAUCAUAUUAUUUCUCUGCAUUGCACGGUAUACCUUUGUACAGAUUCUUUUCAUUUACUGUCUUUUCCUCCGCCAUCUGUGGAGUCACGGCGCUUGAGGAGCUAAGAGGUAGAGGCGGUUGGCUCUUUGGCAGAGGCGAAAAAUGUCACUUAUAUCAUGAUACCUAUUAUGUAGUCAGCGAG